AGGAGAUCACAUGACCAGGUUCCAUCGUUACUGACAGUCCUGACUCCUCCCCUCUAUGUGACUGAUCACAUGACUGUGACAUCAUUGCAGGUCCUGUAACCACAAAGCAGCCGCUCAGUCCUCUGCAGGACCGGUCCCUACAAUCCAGGAUCCUCUCAGCUGAUUCUUCUAUAGAAGAGAAUAUUCCUGAUCCACCAUCAAUGAUGGAGAAGGACAGAGACAAGAUGGCGGAGAGGAUAAUACACCUCACCAUAGAGAUACUCUUCCAGCUUACCGGAGAGGAUUACACGGUGGUGAAGAAGACCUCUAGGGGGCGCCAUCAGGCCCCUGUGUGUGAAGGAUGGGGAAGAACCCUGAGGCCAAUCCCGGGGCCUCCACCUCACUCCCUGAUACAUGAGGAGAUGAAUGAGCAGAAGAUCCUAGAACUCACCAACAAGAUGGUGGAGCUGCUGACUGGAGAGGUUCCUAUAAGGUGUCAGGACGUGGCCGUCUAUUUCUCCAUGGAGGAGUGGGAGUAUUUAGAAGGACACAAGGAUCAGUACAUAGCGGACAUAGUCAUGAUGGAGGAUCAGCAGCCCCUCACAUCAGCAGAGAGAUGUCCCCGUCCUCUUCCUCCAGAGGAUUCUUCCGAAGGAGAUGACAAUGUCCUCCAGGAUUAUCAGCUUAUGGAUCAGAGUAAAGAUGUGAAGAACAUUAAUGCUCCAGACAUAAUGGUGAAAGAGGAGACAGAUGUGAGGGGUGAUGAUCCGUGUACAGAGGACGUCCCUACAGCGCCCCCACCAGAUGACUGUACCAGGAUCUCAGAAGGACAUCUUCUAUCUCCAUGUUAUCGUGAUAUGGCAGAAGAUACAUCCGCUACUAUCCUAGAUAUACCCUCAGCCUUUCACAGUCAUGAUCUUUUAUCAGAUGCUAUAGAACAAGUCCCAUGUAUUGAACCAUCACAGAUUUUUAAGCAAAAUAAAAGUCACAGAAGAGGUGCUGAGCAUCAAAGAUCUCAAACAGGGGAGAAGCCAUACCCAUGUUCAGAAUGUGGGCAACGUUUUGCCCUCCAAAAAACUCUUGUUACACAUCUGAGAAUUCACACAGGGGAGAAGCCGUUUUCAUGUUCAGAAUGUUGGAAAUGUUUUUACCAGAAAUCAGAUUUGGUUCGACAUCAGAGGAUCCACACAGGGGAGAAGCUGUUUUCCUGCUCCGAAUGUGGUAAAUCUCUUCUUCAGAAGUCAGAUCUAGUUACACAUGAGAGAUGUCACACGGGAGCAAAGCCAUUUUCGUGUCCAGAAUGUGGGAAAUGUUACAGUGUCAAAUCCAAUCUAGUUAGACACGCCAAAAGUCACUCAGGGGCAAAGCCAUUUUCAUGUUCAGAAUGCGGGAAAUGUUUUGGCCAGAAAUCAGACCUUGCUACACAUCAGAGAACUCAUACAGGGGAAAAGCCAUUUUCGUGUUUAGAAUGUGGAAAAUUGUAUAGCGUUAAAUCAACUCUGGUUGAACAUCAAAGAACUCACACAGGAGAGAAACCGUUUUCAUGUUCAGAAUGCGGGAAACGUUUUAUUCGGAAAUCAAACCUUGUUGACCAUCAGAAGACUCACACAGGGGUAAAACCAUAUUCAUGUUCUGAAUGCGGUAAAUGUUUUAUCCACAAAAAACAUCUUCUUAAACAUCAAAAAACUCAUCGGCAAACCAGCCAUUUACUUUCCAAAACUCUUUUAUUUAACAAAUAGAACAAAACAAAAAUACAAAAGUGACUUUGUGUUGAUCAAGAGACAGGGAAAGCAACCAAAACAGUAAAUGAUCACGAAAUAUCUGCAGUCACUAAUAAAUGUCUGGUAUCCAAAAUGCAGAUAAAAUCUAUUGGGUCUAUUGUUUUUGUUCUUUAGAUAUUGAAGCACAA